CUUUAUCAGUUGCAAAUAACUGUAAAGAAAAACUGAAUCAAACUCACAAAGUUCUUUUGGUUCACUCCAUUUUGAGGUCUUGAAAGUUUGAAAGAAAAUCAGAAGAGUGAAAUGUCACUCCCUUCUCUCCUGCUUCUAAACCCACAAAUCCCAAAAGUUCCAUCUCCUCUCUAUCACUUCUCUAAGCCAUCUCCAGUGCUCUUAUCUAUCCAAAUCUUGAAAUUCCCAAGAAAAUUCUACUCUGUUUCACCUUCUCUUCAAUCAUCUUUUCCCAUUCAAAACGAUGACUACGACUCUGCUGUCGAAGAGCAUGUUAUUGGCGACUGUCUAGUCUUUGAAGAAGGUGCUUUUGAAGGCCCAUAUCUUGAAAAUGCUUCUUCAUCAGUUCUUGAUCAAGAGUCUGAUCCAAAACAGAAGACCAAAAACAAGAACAAGAAGAAGAAAAAGAAUGUAAUAGAAAUAGAGGCAGAGAAUUUGGUUCCUGAUAAAUGGAGAGAAGUACAAGCAGAAAUUAACAUUACCAAGAAAGAAAGGCGCAAGAUUGCUCAAGAAUUGGAAUUUAAUAGUAGAGUUGAAAAGAAAAAGAAAGGGUUGCGUCCUAUUAGAGCUUUGAAUUUGGAGGAGUAUAAGGCUUAUAGAGAAGCUAAGUUGGCUCAAUUGAAGCCACUUGUUCUUGAUAAUCCUUCAAGCUUUCAGGUAGAGAAAGAAGAUGAGAAUGAGGAGGAGGAGGAGAAGGAGAAGGAGAAGGUGGAAAUGAGUGAGAGUUGUAGUGAGAGAGUGGCACCCAAGAAUCCAAGAUGGGCAGUUUAUGGAAAAGGUUUUGAUGAUGUUAAUGAGUUCUUUAAUAGUGGCCAUUAUGAGCCUGGUGUUAAGAACUCUGAAGGCCGUCGCAAGUUGUUCACACAGGAGGAAAAACUUUUGCUUAAUAGGAAGAUACCUGAUGUAGCAGCUGCUACCUCUGGCAAAUGGCUGCCUCUGCACUCGCUUGCUGCAUCGGGCGAAUUCUACCUUGUGGAUGCUUUGUUGAAACAUAAUGUUGAUAUUAAUGCUUUGAAUGUGGAUGGCUUGACUGCACUUCAUAAAGCAAUAUUAUGCAAAAAGCAAGCAAUAACUGGCUAUCUUUUGAGAGAAUCAGCAAAUCCAUUUGUUCUAGAUUCAGAUGGUGCUUCCUUAUUGCAUUAUGCCGUCCAAACAGCAUCUGCCCCUGCUAUUAAACUUCUUCUGUUAUACAAUGUUGAUAUUAACCUUCAGGACAAUGAUGGAUGGACACCACUACAUGUUGCUGUGCAAGCCCGAAGAAGUGACAUAAUAAAACUUUUAUUAAUUAAAGGAGCUGACCAGAUGUUAAAAAACCAGGAUGGCUUAACCCCACUUGAUCUUUGCCUCUAUUCUGGAAGAGACACAAAAACUUUUGAACUUAUCAAGCUAUUGAAGCAAUUCGCGAAGAAAUAAAAGGUUAUCUUAUAGCGUCGCAACUGCUCUGACAAUGCAACUACAGACUUUGCCCUCAUCCAGAUAAGCAAGCACAUCAGUAGGAAAGGUGUAAAAAUCUAAUUUGAUCCAUCCAAACUCGAUUGUUCACUGCAGAACGAACAUGAAUGUGGAUAAAGAGAGCAUAUAACGGCAAGAAAUGAAAAGAGUGCUUUUCAGAACUUCUUGUAACAGAGACAGGUUUAGGAUGUCAUCUUGUAAUUAUCAUGUAUCCAUACUGAAGCAUUGGUAAAAAAUGUUAUAGUGACUAUUGAAUUUA